AUGUCAAUUAGCUUGACUCGUUCCCACAAGUACAACGACCGUGACCACGCCGGCCUGGCCGAUGGAACCGCUUCUCCCCAGGAGCACUUGCCUCGCUUCUUCGCAAAGCACGGCCACGAGGGUGUCGACCCCAAAAAGGUGAAGAAGAACGGCGCUGGCAGAAGUAAUUGGGGCAACGCUGGCGAGGAGGUCAUUGAUGAGGACUUCCACUUUACCAACGCCCGCCGCCGCACCAACAGCAGUGGCUUCGCCGACAACAUCGCGGCUUUCAAGACCAAGUUCGAUGUCAACGAGCCCGAGCCCGUCUUCGAAGAGUCCGUUCACGGCCCGGCUGAGGAGGACGGCGAGGACCUCACCAAGACCGAGUCAUCCGAGAGCGGCCGCUCUUCGGCCUACGGUGACGACAAAGUCACUAAGCACUAA